AUGGCUCUGAGGGCAGAAGUCAGUCACAAAGGCAAGAAGGAGCCGGCGCAGCAACACUUCUUCUCCAAGCAUGACAACCGUACUUCCUUUGACAAAGGCCCCUACUGCCUGCUGCAGGGAAUUGGAAGGCGGAAGGACCUGGAGCGCCUGUGGCAGCGGCACACCUUCCUGCGCUGGGCACCCUGUGAGAUAGAGUUGCGCCAGCAAGGGCCCCUGGAAUCUUCUUACCAGGCCGAUUUCCGACCAGGCCCAGGACUCAGUGGCCUCCCCCAGCGCCUCGUCCAUUUUGUGCAGGUCCAGCCUUCCCAUGCCAGGACCACCUACCAGCAGAACUUCUGCUACCCAUCCCGGGGUGGCCACUGUGGCAGUUACAAGGUAGGGCCCCAGGCGCCAGUCACAGACAUACUGCCUGACCUCCCAGUGAUCCCAAGACCCAAGCUGCUGCAGCACUACCUUCAUGCUGGGGUCUCUGAGUGUCUAAACUGGUCCAGAGCAUUAAACAAGGACAGCUGA